AUGCAGCCAUUGAUUCAAAAAGAUCUUUUAACUUGGUGUGAUGAUUUACAUCAAGUUAAAGGGAACAUUUCUCAAUUACAAGCCACUCUUAAUCAAAUCUUGACUAAAGCACCAAGUUUGGAUCAAUUUGGGGAAUUAUCGACGUAUUUAGAUAAUCCAAACCAGGGCGAUAGUUUAAGCAUUAUUGACAAGACUAAGAAUUUCUUGAGCUCUUCCCAAUUAAAAGUAGCGGUCAGAAUGAAGUUUUUGUAUGAUCAAGGGUUAUUGCCGUUUUUAUUGGCGUUGUCCCAAAUAAAUUUCAAAUCUCUGAAGGCAGAUAAGUUUGUGGGUUAUUUGUUGGAUUACACGCCGCCACGGGAUAUUGGGAGCAAUUUGGCGAAGGUGUUGAAGCAGAGAGUGAAUUCGGGCAAGCAGGUGAAUAUUGAAUCGUUUCCACCGGUGUUGCCCCCAAUAUCGAACGAAAGCUUGUUGAAUAAGAUUCUCACAGAUAAGUCGUUUAGACAGCCGUCGGACUUUUUAGAGCUGGACGAUGCCAACGACUUCAACCGAUCGCAUAACGCUAAGUUAAGUUUGAGAGGGAAGAGGUUGUUAGAAUUUGCAUUAAUUGAAAUAUUGGACGAGAAGCUCCCAGAUAUUCACGAAGACGAUUUGUAUUACUUACAGUUCAAACUAGUGUCUACUUCCAUCCUCACAAAACUUGCAUUCGGGUAUAAUCUAGCUGACAACUACAAGUUCCACUUUUCCAAUGAAAUAAGUCUAGAUGAUAAAUUAACUAAACUAAGUAAUAUAUUCUUGGCAUACAUUGGAGGAUUAGUCUUGGAUGGGUAUUCUUUUGCCGAAAUUAAGCUAUGGAUUGCGAAAUUGUAUGAGCCCAUAAUACAAGACUUUAUUGACAAUCAUGAAACGUUGAAGCCAUUAAACAAAUUAGCAUUGAUCGAGUUGAACUUUCUAUUCAAACAGGUGACAAACAUGUAUUACAUUCCACCCCAAGAUACCACCCUUGAGUUCGAGACGUUGGAAUCCGACCCACAUGUGGUCAAAUUGUCCAUAAAUGGCCAAACGUUGGGUAUUGGCACCAGUAGCAUUGGUGCUGAGGAGGCCAAGGUCAAGGCUGCGGCUGAUGCAUUUUCCAAUAAGCAGAAAAUCGACGAUGUAAUAAAGAUCAUGAUUGCAUCCUACGAAGAGCUGCAGAAACCGAAACAACCCGUCUCGGAACCUCUGUCUACAAACCAUGACAGCGCCAACGACGACGAUAACUACAACAACGGCAACGACUCGUCAACCGAAGAGCCCUACUCACCAAAAAUAGACUCCGAAGAAGAAUACGAGCCGUCAAUAGAAGAUCAUAUCCCAACCAAGCAAGUGAGUAUACCUAGCCAAGGCCAAGACAAACAAUCCCACACAACCGACAAUAUCUACGCGCAUCCCUACAGCACCUUCCCGGUUACUCAGCAAACACCCCAGCCGUAUGGUGCCCCUCCUCCACCUCCACACCAAAACCAGUUCCACCAUCAACAGCCUUCGCACCUCCCAAACCUUCCGUCGCUCCCGUCGCUCCCUCCAUAUCCCGCAGCCGCACUAGACGCAAAGCACCCCCUCGACAACAACUCCAAAAAUACCUUGUACGCGGUGUUAGGGUCCAAUCACCUCACCCCAAUUUACAGAUUCAAUAAGGUCGGCAAUGACUUCCAGGUUUCUAUCUUGGUCAACGAUAUAGUUGUCGGUUCCAGUGUCGACUCCAACAAAAAGGCUGCAAGUCAGAGGGCUGCAAUGAACGCAUUAUCCAAUAAAUCCUUACUUAAUCAAUUGGGUGUGCAUAUUUAG